CGCAGCGGUAAGUCACAGCGCGGAUGGACAGGCAGAGUCAAUAAAACAGCCUCGACUACCUAAAAACUGCCUGCUAGCGAGCCACAACCAUGCCAGCCUAUUUCCAGCGACCGGAGAACGCUCUCAAACGAGCGAACGAGUUUCUCGAAGUUGGUAAAAAGCAGCCAGCUUUAGAUGUGCUCUACGAUGUCAUCAAGAGCAAAAAGCAUCGAACAUGGCAAAAGAUCCACGAGCCCAUCAUGCUCAAGUACCUGGAGCUCUGUGUGGAUCUCCGCAAGAGUCACUUGGCAAAGGAGGGACUGUAUCAGUACAAAAACAUCUGUCAGCAGGUGAAUAUCAAAUCAUUAGAGGAUGUCGUCCGUGCUUACCUCAAACUUGCGGAAGAGAAGACCGAGACCGCUAAAGAGGAGUCUCAGCAGAUGGUUCUGGACAUUGAGGAUUUGGACAACAUUCAGACCCCAGAAAGUGUUCUGUUGAGUGCCGUCAGUGGUGAAGACACUCAGGACCGUACUGACAGACUUCUGCUGACACCCUGGGUCAAGUUCCUGUGGGAGUCUUACCGUCAGUGCCUGGACCUGUUAAGGAAUAACUCCAAAGUGGAGCGUCUUUACCAUGACAUUGCUCAGCAAGCAUUUAAGUUUUGCCUGCAGUACACUCGUAAAGCAGAGUUCCGUAAGCUGUGUGACAACCUGCGAAUGCACUUGGGGCAAAUCCAGAGGCAUCACAACCAGAGCACUGCCAUCAACCUCAACAACCCUGAGAGCCAGUCCAUGCAUCUGGAGACUCGUCUUGUCCAGCUGGACAGUGCUAUCAGCAUGGAACUGUGGCAGGAAGCAUUCAAAGCAGUUGAAGACAUCCAUGGAUUGUUUGCCCUCUCAAAAAAGCCCCCUAAACCCCAGCUUAUGGCCAACUACUACAAUAAAGUCUCAACAGUUUUCUGGAAGUCUGGCAAUGCCCUGUUCCACUCCUGUACUCUACACCGACUCUAUCACCUCUCCAGGGAAAUGCGCAAGAACCUCACGCAAGAAGAGAUGCAGAGAAUGUCUACUCGAGUGCUUUUGGCCACUCUGUCUAUUCCCAUCACGCCUGAGCGUACUGAUAUUGCUCGGCUGUUGGACAUGGAUGGCAUCAUUGUGGAGAAACAUCGCAGACUGGCUACUCUACUUGGCCUCCAGUCUCCACCUACCCGCCAGAGUCUCAUCAAUGACAUGGUGAGGUUUAACCUGCUUCAGUAUGUUGUCCCUGAAGUCAAAGAACUCUACAACUGGUUGGAGGUGGACUUUCACCCUCUUAAACUGUGUGGAAGAGUGACUAAGGUAUUGAACUGGGUGAGAGACCAAGCUGAAAAGGAGUCAGACCUGCAGCAGUAUGUUCCUCACCUGCAGAACAACACAAUCCUCAGACUGCUGCAACAAGUGGCUCAGAUCUACCAGAGCAUUGAGUUCAGCAGGUUGGCAUCUCUGGUACCAUUUGUUGACGCUUUCCAGCUGGAGCGCUCAAUUGUAGAUGCAGCACGGCACUGUGAUCUGCAGGUACGCAUUGAUCAUUCAUCCCGUACCCUGAGUUUUGGCUCUGAUCUGAACUACUCUACAAAAGAAGAUUCCCCAGUAGGUCCAUUCCUACAGAACAUGCCCUCUGAACAGAUACGUAAUCAGCUCACUGCUAUGUCAUCCUCCUUGGCCAAAGCCAUCCAAGUCAUCAAACCUGCUUCCAUCCUGCAAGACCAUGAGGAACAGAGACAACAGGCGAUCACAGCCUAUUUGAAGAAUGCCCGCAAAGAGCACCAGCGCAUUCUGGCACGCCGACAGACAAUUGAAGAGCGAAAGGAGCGUCUGGAGAGCCUCAACAUCCAGAGGGAGAAAGAGGAGCUGGAGCAGCGUGAGGCUGAACUUCAGAAAGUGCGCAAAGCAGAGGAGGAGCGACUCCGACAAGAGGCCAAAGAGCGAGAGAAGGAGCGCAUCAUGCAGGAACACGAGCAGAUCAAGAAGAAGACUGUGCGUGAGCGACUGGAGCAGAUUAAGAAGACUGAGCUGGGAGCCAAAGCCUUCAAAGACAUUGACAUUGAGGAUCUAGAGGAACUGGACCCUGACUUCAUCAUGGCUAAACAAGUAGAACAACUUGAAAAGGAGAAGAAAGAACUUCAGGAGCGUCUGAAAAACCAGGAGAAGAAGAUUGACUACUUUGAGAGGGCCAAGCGCCUUGAGGAGAUUCCUCUGAUCAAAAAAGCCUAUGAGGAGCAGCGCAUCAAAGACAUGGAGUUAUGGGAGCUGCAGGAGGAAGAGAGGAUCACUAACAUGAAAAUGGAGCGUGAGAAAGCACUAGAACACAAACAGAGAAUGUCCAGGAUGAUGGAGGACAAGGAGAACUUCCUUUCCAAAAUUAAAGCUGCUCGAAGCUUCAUCUAUGAGGAAAAACUCAAGCAGUUCCAAGAACGCUUGGUUGAGGAGAGGAAAAAGCGCCUUGAGGAGCGGAAGAAGCAGCGUAAAGAGGACAGACGAAAGGCCUUCUAUCACCAAAAAGAGGAGGAAGCUCAAAGAAUCCGUGAGGAGCAGCUUAAAAAAGAACGGGAAGAGCGCGAACGCUUGGAACAGGAGCAAAGAGAGGAGGAAGAGCGUGAAUACCAGGAGCGUCUGCGCAAGCUGGAGGAACAGGAAAGAAAGCAGCGUGCCAGACAACAAGAAAUUGAGGAGCGCGAGCGGCGUAAGGAGGAGGAGAGGAGGGCACCAGAAGAAAAACCAAACAAGGAAUGGGCUGAGCGGGAAGAAAGUGGCUGGAGGAAACGAGGUGAGGGAGAGUCAGAGUGGCGACGUCCUGUUCCUGACCGGGACUGGCGUCAGGAAGGACGAGAAGGCCGUGAGGAACCUGAUCGGGAAGACCGUGACCUACCCUUCAGAAGAGGUGGAGAAAGUGCUCGUCGUGGUGCUUCAGAUGAAAAAGGACUCCGCAGAGGCUGUGAUGACGAUCGAGGUCCACGUCGAGGAGGUGAUGAUGAGCGUCCACCCAGACGGGGCUUUGAUGAUGACCGCGGGACCAGGAGAGGCUUUGAUGAUGACCGAGGUCAACGGAGAGGCGAUGACGACCGUGGGCCAAGGCGUGGGAUGGAUGAUGACCGGGGGCCAAGGCGCCCAAUCGACGAUGACCGCGGCCCCAGACGAAGCGAUGACGACCGUGGCCCGAGAAGAGGAUUUGAUGAUGAUCGCGGGCCCCGUAGAGGCAUGGAUGAACCUAGAGGCCCUCGUCGUGGUGCAGAUGAUGACUGGGGCCCCAGAAGAGGGGGAGAUGAUGAGAGGGGGGGCCGCAGGGGUAUGGAUGACUCCGGCCCGCGUCGUGGAGAAGACUCUAGACCCUGGAAACCUCUUGGAAGACCAGGUGCAGGUGGAUGGAGAGAGCGAGAGAAGGCACGGGAGGAAAGCUGGGGACCUCCUCGUGAUUCUGGCCAUGAUGAUGAUGGUGGCGAGCGUGAUGGAGAUGACCAGCGGGAAGGAGAACGAUUUAGAGAACGCCGCUCUGCUAGGGAAGAGGGCAGUGCCUGGAGGAGAGGUGGUGGCGGAGGUGGUGGUGGAGAAGAACAAAGCAGCUGGCGAGACUCUCGUCGUGAAGACUUUGACCGCGAGGAUCGUCGUGAACGGCGUGACAUGAGGGAGCGCAGAGACGAUAGAGAACGGGAUAUCAGAGGCCCACAGAGAGACCAAGAUGAAGGUGGUUCGUGGCGUCGUGGUGGGGAAGAGCGACGGGAGGAGCGCAAGGAAGAGAGAGAUGCUCCUCCCAGACCUCGUGAGCGAGAUCGUGACUCUGGUGAGAAGAGCACUUGGCGCUCUGACAAAGAUAAAGAAAACCCACGCCGGACCAAGAACGAGACAGAUGAUGAUGGCUGGACCACUGUACGCCGCUAAAACUAAGGCAUCAGUCUUUUGCUUGAUGUUGUACUAAGCCUUGAUGUGUUCUCUAAUCAGUACAGGUGUCUGCUUACAUUAACAUUACAUACAUGAAGCUUUGCUGUAGAAUUACAAAACUUACAAAGGGUUUUCAGACAUGGCAAUUUAUAUUUCAUCUCUUUAAAAAAAAGACCUUCAACUUAGAAUCUAAUUCAUUUGUGUUAUGCAUGCUUAGAUGAUAAAAUUGGUCACAGGAAUUUAAGUAGAUUUUUUUUUUCUUCUGUGGUUUGGAUGUUGUAGAACAUGAAAGUUUUUGCAGACUGGUGUUGAGAUAAAAUCAUCAGGUUAUCCUUACAGCUGUCUAUGCUGUAGUUGCUGCUUAUGCUGUGGUUGUAUACCCUCUAGAAAUGAAACAAAUCUUUAAUAAUAAAGUCGAUUCAUCAUUACACGUCUAUAAUUUCAGUUAUUAUCAUGCAGCAGAAGACCAUAAACUGUUUUCAGUUGCAUGAGACUUCAGAAUAGUUGGUUAUUUUUCUGCCACUAGGGGUCACCUAAAUCUCAGCAACUUUUCAGAAGCUUUAAACAUCUCUAGUUACAAAUGAACCCAGAACAAUUGAUUGGAUCCUUAAAAAAAAAUCAAUUAUGCUGUUGUUAGUAGAAAACAAUGGCGUUUAAUGCAAUGCCGUUGGUCCUCCUGAUUGAUGCAUUAAAAGUUUAGUAAAUACA